AUGGCAGCAGAUGCUUCAGCCUACGGUAUAGGAGCAGUCAUCUCACACCUUCUCCCAGAUGGAAGUGAGAAGCCAAUUUCAUUUGCUUCACGCACUCUCACACCAAGUGAAAAGAAUUACUCUCAACUUGAAAAAGAAGCUCUUUCACUUAUAUUCGGUGUCAAGAAAUUUCACCAAUAUCUCUAUGGCAGGAAAUUCACCCUGAUAACUGACCACAAGCCACUCACUGCGAUUUUCGGAGCCAAGAAAGGAAUUCCCACAUUGGCCGCUGCACGACUACAGAGAUGGGCACUCUUGCUCUCGGCAUACAACUACGAGAUACAGUAUAAACCAACAGAAUCUCACAGCAAUGCGGACGGUCUCUCCAGGCUACCCUUACCAGUGAUGCAGGAUUCUGAUGUGGGAGGAGAAGGAGUGCGUAUUUUCAACAUUUCUCAAAUUCUGUCUUUGCCAGUAACCUCCAAGGAUGUUCAACAAGCCACAAAGUUGGACCCAAUUCUCAGCAAAGUGCUAAGAUACACAAGAGAUGGAUGGCCAACUCAAGUCCCAGACGAGCUCAAACACUACUACUCUAAAAAAGAUGAAAUAUCUAUUGAGGCUGACUGCCUACUAUGGGGAAUCAGAGUAAUCGUUCCAAAAUCUCUCCAAGCACAAGUGCUCAAAACUCUGCAUGAAGGCCAUUCAGGAAUUCAGAGAAUGAAGGCCCUCGCCAGAAGUUAUAUGUGGUGGAAAGGAAUAGAUCAAGACAUUGAAAGUCAAUCUAAGUCCUGUAAACCGUGUCAGGAACACAAACCAAAUCCCCCCUCAGCACCUUUGCACAUAUGGCAAUGGCCUACGGCACCACUAAAACGAAUCCACAUUGACUUUGCUGGACCCUUUCAAAGAAAGAUGUUCUUAAUAAUCGUGGACGCACACUCAAAGUGGCAUAAUGUCAAGCACUACCGCUGAAAAGACCAUUGAAGCUCUCUUUACAUUCUUUUCAAGAUAUGGUCUACCCGAACAACUUGUCUCAGACAAUGGCCCUCAGUUUACCUCACAGGAAUUCGAAACAGCAAUGAAACAGCAAGGUAUCAAGCACAUAA